AAGGGCCAAGAAAGAAACCCACUGCAGAACAAAAAAGAAAUGAUAAAAUUGACGCCCCUUCUUGAAACGCUGCAAUCUUAGACAAACUCGAUCCAUGGAAGCCUCUCAGUGUCUUCGGCCUCUGCUAGCUGCCGCGCCAUGUGACCUAUCUUCAACACCACCUCCAUCUCAUUCACAUUUGCAACACUCCGCGAUCUCUUUCAUUUAUUUAAUCAUAGUCCGACCUCCAUUAAUUGCACUUGAUGAUGAUCCGCUCUCGGCUGCGUCGCUCUCGCUCUCUCAGAUUUUUCUUCCUCCUGCCACCUCCCACGAAUCCACAGCUAAUUCUCUAUGCAAAAUUCACAAUAUAUGGCUACUACAUAAGUUUCUUGCAGUGGAUGGUUUUAGUAUUCCAAGAAAUGCUGGUCAAAUAGACAACAUGGGUUUCAGUAUUGGGAGAGAAAUGAGGUUGAGAAAGAACAGAUGGGUUUGCAUGAAGUGCGCCGCAAAUGAGUUUGCGAUCAGCCCUCGAUAUUUGUGACCAUGCUGGCAUUCUUAGGAUCUUUCAUGGCCACCUUUUUUCUGGUUUAAAAAAUAAAUAUAUAAGGAAUUGCGCGUGGACUCAAUGGUUGUUGCAUUACAUUCUCACUUCCUUCUCCUUGUUUGUUUCUUUCACUGAGGAGUUUGGAUUUCGGAGAAGAACAGAAUCUUGGAGGAACAAUUUCUGAUAGAAUGAGGCCGGCCAUUUUCCUGCAUUUUUUCUUUGGAACAUUGGCCUGUUUGAGUCUCCUCUGUGUUAUAGCAGAGGACCCAUCUAGAUAUUACACAUGGACAGUCACAUAUGGAACAAUUUCUCCUCUUGGGUCUCCUCAACAGGGUAUCCUUAUUAAUGGACAGUUUCCUGGUCCUACGAUUGAUUGUGUGACCAAUGACAACAUUAUUGUUACUGUCAUCAACAAGCUGGAUAAACCUUUCCUCAUUACAUGGAAUGGGAUUAAACAGAGAAAGACCCCAUGGCAAGAUGGAACGCUUGGCACCAAUUGUCCAAUCCCACCAAACUCAAACUGGACAUACAAGUUCCAGACGAAGGAUCAGAUAGGAACCUACUCCUACUUCCCUUCAACUCUAAUGCAUAGAGCUGCUGGAGGUUUUGGGGGUUUUAAUAUUGCGUCCAGGUCUGUGAUACCGAUUCCAUAUCCUAUACCAGUUGAAGAAUUCACUCUACUUGUUGGCGAUUGGUACAACUCUUCCCACAAGGCAUUGCAGGCCAAAUUGGACUCAGGUAUUCCUCUUCCACUUCCUAAUGCUCUUCUGAUAAAUGGGCUUCCUAGUGGUUCCACUUUCACCGGUGAAAAAGGGAAAACCUACAAGUUCAGGGUUUCAAAUGUGGGCAUAUCAACUUCAAUCAAUUUUAGGAUUCAGGCCCACACAAUGACACUCGUUGAAGUAGAAGGAGCUCAUACAGUGCAGGAUGUUUAUGACUCCCUGGAUGUUCAUGUGGGUCAAUCUGUUGCUGUCCUGGUUACCUUGCAUGCUACGGUCAAGGAUUAUUUCAUCGUGGCCUCGACCCGGUUUACAAAGCCCGUCCUCACUGCUACUUCAUUUCUUAAGUAUGCUGGUUCCAGCACCCCUGCCUCUGAGCCAUUGCCAAUUGGUCCAACUUAUCAGAUUCACUGGUCAAUGAUGCAGGCAAGGACCAUCAGACGGAAUUUGACUGCAAAUGCAGCCAGGCCAAACCCUCAAGGGUCAUUCCAUUAUGGGACCAUACCGAUACAAAGGACACUCAUUUUAGCCAACUCUGCAACUAAGAUCAAUGGAACCCUAAGAUAUGCUGUUAAUGGGAUCUCCUAUGUCAACCCCGCAACCCCAUUGAAGCUUGCUGACUAUUAUAACAUCUCGGGUGUCUUCAAGUUAAACUCCAUCAAGGAUACUCCUCCUUCUGGCCCUGCAGUUUUCGGCACCUCUGUCAUAGGAACUACCCUUCAUGACUUCAUAGAAAUUGUCUUCCAGAACAAUGAGACCACUCUCCAAUCUUGGCAUCUGGAUGGUUAUACUUUCUGGACUGUCGGAUUUGGCUCCGGCCAGUGGACGCCUGACAUGAGGAGGCGCUACAAUCUGGCUGAUGCUAACAGUAGACACACUGUCCAGGUAUACCCCAAUUCUUGGAGUGCAGUACUGGCAUCUUUGGACAACAAAGGCAUGUGGAACUUGAGGUCUGCAAUAUGGUCACGGCAGUAUCUAGGACAGCAAUUGUAUAUCAGAGUAUGGAACAACGAAACGAGCUUGUUUACUGAGUAUGAUGUUCCUGAUAAUGCAUUGUACUGUGGCAAGGCCAAGCGCCCAUAAAAUUACCUUCAUGUGUUAGUUCUUUCAUUGUUAUUACUAUUAGUUUUUUUCUUUCUUUCUUUCAUUUUCAGUUACGAGGGUGUGACUGUCGGUAAAAAGGAAAAAGGGGGGUCAAUAAGCUUAGAAAGAGGGACAAUAUUGAAGAAAAUUUUAGUUGUCAUUGUGUCAAGAUUUCUUCCUAUUCAUAAUCAUAAUAAUAUUUUCCUUACUUUUUCUGAUCA